UCACCCUGCCUGCGGGUGAAUCACCCGUCAGUGUCUUCAUCACUUACACAAGCAUCUCCAGUUGUUAUCUUUUAGCGGAGAAAGUGACCAUAAAGUAUUAUUUUCUUUCGAAUAUUCUGCGAUAAACUCAAGAGCGAUCGAGACGGACUAACAGUGAUAUAAGGAACGGGCGGUGUGGAGAGCUUCUACGCGUUUGAUUUUUUUUUAAACAAAUGCAGAAAAUGUGCUGAGUAUUAGAAUAAUUGUCAUCUUCGCGAUGGGGUACGAGUUGGUGGUCCUCUCUGCCGGCUGUUCGGGUUUGCUCAGCUUUUGCUUCCUCGCCGUUUCAAUCGGAACUGAUUAUUGGUACAUUAUCGAUGUGAAUAAACCUAACUACACUGACUCCGCGGAGCUGAGUUCCUACUCUGGACUGUGGAGAAUUAAUGAAGGGUCAAACAAGAGUUCGAUCAUCCCUUCCUUUACGGCAAACAUGUCCGCCCUGUCUGAAGUGGAGAGGCACCUUCUCAAGCUGCACAAGGCGGUGGUCAUCAUAUUGCCACUGGGCUUGGUGCUGCUGGUGUUUGGUUGGAUUUUCGGGCUCGUCAGUUCGUUGGCCUGCAGCCCGAAGCUACUGACCGGAACUGCAUUCUACUUUCUCAUCUGCAGUCUCUUCACCGUGACUGGGGUAAGCCUCUACAUCGAAUACUCCAACAAGGCCAUGGAGGAGUUCCAGCGCGUCGUGGACCCAAAAGAGCUCGCUUAUGUGAAGGUGUCAUUCGGUUGGUCCUUCACCAUGACUUGGAUCUCCUUCGCUUUGGAGCUGGCUGCCGGCCUGCUUCUACUGCUGGCUGCUAAGAUCACCCAAAUGAGAGGACGCUACGACUGAGGCAUCGCCGUCACUUUGUGAAUGUCAAAAGUCUGCGGGGAUUGCAGUUGACCUUUUGUUAAGUCACAACCCCCUAAAAAAAGGCACAAACACAAUCCAUUCAUCCUUCUCAAGGUGGAGCCUAAUAACCCCGGACUGGUUGCCAGCCAAUCAAACAAGUUGUGCCUCUCCCUAAGAAUGCACACAACCCCGACCUCAGAACUGAAAGGCAGAUCACCCACUAGGCCACCGUACUGUGUAGAAUAAAAUUUUGACCACAUUUUUAUUUAUUUGAACCUUUUUUUAAUUAUAUUAUUAUAUUUAUAUUUUAUAUUUUUUUAUAUAUUAUUUUUUUUAAUAGUUCAGCUUCCAAAACCCCAGACUAACCCAGACAAAUUGCAAGCUGCUGAUAAAGCACUGCGCACCCUUCUGCCUUCUGUUUCAGUCUAAAAUGUCAUUUUUUUUCCCCACCCCCAAAAUUUGAUAAUGCUCCUCCAGGGAGUGCAGACAAUGUCAGUUUCCAGAGCUUGAUGCUAGCAACGGUUACCAAGGCGGAAUGGGUCUUAGCGAAAGGUCAAUAACUGUAAGAAAAAAAAAAUGCUACAAAAGCCUACUUUAUUCUAUGUGACUAUGGUGCAUAAAGUUCAAUUCUUUUUGUCAUUUUAAUGUAUUUGUUUUUUUACAUUUAAUCAUGUAUAUAUAUAUAUACUGUACAUAUCACUGUACAAUCAAUUCAGCUCUACCAUAUUGUUCACCACACACCAAUCCAAGUUAAUUAUAUCAGCAGGCCAAAACAUGAAAGGUAACAGUCGUAACUAAACAAAUGAGAUUUGAUGAAGCAUUGUUGCACUUCAGUCAAAAUGUCACUGGAGACAAGUCGUGUUAUGAGUUUGUGUCAUGUACAGUAUUAAUCGGGUCGCAACGUCAACAGGUAGAGCUCAGUGCACCAUGGGAAAUCACCGCGUGAAUCGAGGUCUAAUCAAGCCCGAGUCAACCCGAACAAUAAGAUGUGGAAAGCUGCAGGAUUGAAAAGUGCAAGAUUGGUUCCUAUUAA